AUGGAAGACGGUUCUGGUAAUCAGCAGCGUAAAGACGGACACGACGAGAUGAGCCAUUCGGGAGUAUCGGGACUGGACGGCAGCCACGCUGCACAGGGUGAUGGCCAUGGGGAUUACACGAUUCCCGACAUCCUCAAGCCCAUCCCAACGGGUUUGCCGUUCCCGGUUCCGGCCGGUCGUCUGCGAUCACCCAAGCUCCGUAUCGCAAAUCCCGCCCUACCCGACACCGUGACCAUUCUCGAGCACCCUCCGUCCGGUGGGCGAGUUUACCUUGUCGGAACCAUGCAUAAUGCAGAUAAAAGUCAGGAGGACGUCGGUUUGACGAUUCGGAUGACUAUCCAGGGGUUUACCCUGCAAAGGUUAGUAGCAUUCUACUUGAAAACGUAUGGACUUUCUGUGGACAUGCGGGCUGCCUACACGGAAGCCAUGUCCCUCCCCGACUGCACGCUAUACCUAGCUGACCGGCCGCGGAGCAUCACGCGGCAGCGGAUCCGUGCCGCACCGCUGCGGGAAAGACUCUGGCUGCUCCGGAUGAGGAUCCGGGAUACGCGUACCGGUAUGGAAGCUUUCUGGCAGCAGGAUGCGGAGACACGUCGCGCGCUCAUGGAGACAAAGAAGGAAAAAUUCGCGACGGCUUGCCCCACGGUGUACCGCGUGAUGGUGCAGGAGCGGGAUGUCUGGUUGGCGGAGGCGCUGAAGCGGUCGGUGGCGCAGCCGCUAAUGACGACCGAGGGUCCACGCGGACGUGUGGCGGUGGGGGUGGUGGGCAUGUGGCAUGUGGCCGGCAUCCACCGGGCCUGGAACGGUCCCCGCCCGUCGUCGGACGCCCUGAGGAAGCUGGCGGAGGUGCCACCGGCGUCGAAACUGCGGAAGAUUAUCUCGACGCCGUUUGGUGACAUCAAAUCCCGAAUACGGUUUAAUCAGAAAUUUGCAAGAAAUAUGUUCUUUCUGUAUCAGCGCAGCGACUGA